AUGGCAGACAGCAACGCUUCGGGGAGCCACACAAUUAAGAAGGGAGCUGCUGAAAAAUUACCCGAGAAUGUCGCUCAGAACAUGCCCAAGCUUCUCACCCAGGGCGAACCUGAGGGGGAGCAAAGCCAGGAAGAUGACUCUGAAGAGGAUGAACUGAAGAAUGAUGGAACAAAGAAGAAGGUUAGAUUCAAGGAGGACUUGUGCGAGAAACAUUCACGCAAGAAAGAGUCCCACAAGAGGGAUCCUAGCAAAAAGCCCUCUCACAAAAAAGAGUCACGGAAGAAAGACCCCCAAAAAGAAGACAGCCAUAAGAAAUCUGAACCAAAAAGCUGCCGCAUUGGCUUUUUUGAUUCAUAUACACUGCGAAGGUUUGAAGGCAUGUGGAACAAAAGGUUAGCUGAUCUCAAAGAUGUCCAAGAAAAACUGGAAAAGCUUGACAAGAAGAAGAAGGAGUUACACCAAGAAGAAAAAGAGCUCAAGGAAUGGCUUAAUAGGCUUCAUGAAAGUAUCAAGAACAAGCGAUCUUGA